AUGAGCCGUAGUUGUACUCUCGAUCAUAAAGAGUAUACUUCUCCUACAAGGAAUAAUAUUUUGGUCCGGAGAGAUGUUUCUAGUGCUGAUAAUUUUCAACCUUCACAGUCACCGGCUAUUACAAUUGAACCAAUUGCAAGCAUUGAAACAGCUCUGAUAAUGAAUACUAUUCGUGAGCCAGUGGAGCGCCAAUCUCAAUUCAUAAAGUUCCAACCUAUUGUCCAUGCAAUUACUGCUGAUGCUGACGUUCGAAAUUCUAGUACUCAGGGGAGGGGUUUCAGUUUUGGGUGCAAAAAUUUGCGACCUGUAAAUUUCCAAAGCACUAAAUCAACAGGAGACCUCAAACGGAUGGCUAAUUGCCAAUCUAGGAAGUCUCUAAAUAUUAGACAUUGUGACGAAGGUACUACUAGUAACUUCAGCUUAGAGUCACCCCCUGAAAUGAGCACUGUAUCAUCAACUGAAUAUCAUGUAGAUUAUACUAGUCCACAUUACCCACCAAUAUCCAUACUAACCCCUCCUAAACCAUCAAUAAGAGAAUCUAUAAUACAAAACCGUGGUACCUCUCAUUAUCCUGACUCAUUUCAGAAUUAUAUGGAAGAGAGACUCUUUCGUUGGAGACCUUCAAGCUCAAACCAAGGAGUAGAUUCAGCAUUUAAUAAUAGACACCCUUUCCAAUCGAUGCAAGAAUCCAUGGGAGACCAAAGUGAAGCAAGCAUUCUUACUCUUUUCAAACAAUGGUGGGCUAGAGAUCAAGUGAAUACACAGACUCUUACUGUGGAAGAUUCUGGCACACCGAGUCCGACGGAAAAGAUCCUUGGACCUCGAUUACAAAGGGUUCUGGAUCUCUCUAAACUUGCUGAAUCUUUCCAAAAUGGAAAUAGUUCUCAAUCUUUAGUGAUUGCAAGAGGAAGUUGUAGUCCGCAUGAGCCACAUCUACCAACUCCUAUGGAGCCAGUCACUCUGCAACCCGGACCCACCAGAGAAUUUUCGUACACGCCACAUGCGGUACCAUUAAGUACAUUCCAAUUAAAUUUUGAUAAAAAACAACGAUCACCUGGACUUCCUUUUGCAACUUCAGUACAUGAUAUGGAAGAUGAAUUCCAAAAUUUGAUUGAUGGGCCAGAUAACUUUCUUGUUGGAUGUUUACAGAUUACAUCUAUAUGUAAUUGUUGA